UCUCUCCUCGCUGACCCUCCAUUGUGAGCAGAGCUAAACGAUGCUAGCAGCCGUCGCCGUCUUCGCCUCCACCGCCACUGCCGCCGCCCAGUAGAAACAGAGAGAGAGAUAGACCCCCUCCCUCCCCUUCACCGCCUUCCUCUGCCCGAGGAACCAGCGCCGCGACCGAGAGAGACGGAGACACGAGCCCGUUUACCGCUCCUUAUCUGCCAGGCUGUCGUUCUGCGGGAUUUUCUGGUUCUUUUAAUGCUCUAGCUAGUCGUCGUCAGGGAGCGAGAGUGAGAGAGCGAGAGAGAGAGCGAGUGAGAGAGAGAACGAGGGAGAGAGAGAGCGAGCUAGGACAAGGAUAGGGAAGAAAUCCUGAGGUAAAAUAAACCACGGAGUGCUUGCUUUUUUCUCGCCCCUCGGAGCUGAAAGAAAGAGCCUGUGGUCCGUCUAGUCAUGGGAUGUACACUGAGCGCCGAGGAGAGAGCGGCUCUGGACAGGAGCAAAGCCAUCGAGAAAAACCUGAAAGAGGACGGAAUCACUGCGGCGAAGGAUGUGAAAUUACUCCUGCUAGGAGCCGGGGAGUCUGGUAAAAGCACCAUCGUCAAACAGAUGAAGAUUAUCCACGAGGAUGGCUUCUCUGGAGAUGAUGUGAAGCAGUACAAGCCUGUGGUGUACAGUAACACCAUCCAGUCCCUGGCUGCCAUCGUCCGUGCUAUGGACACCCUAGGCCUGGAGUAUGGGGACAAGGAGCGCAAAGCUGAUGCAAAGAUGGUUUGUGAUGUCGUGAGUCGUAUGGAGGACACUGAACCCUACUCUCCUGAGCUCCUGACUGCCAUGAUGCGCCUGUGGGCCGACUCCGGCAUCCAAGAGUGCUUCAGCCGCGCCCGAGAGUACCAGCUCAACGAUUCCGCCCAAUAUUACCUAGAUAGUUUAGAUAGGAUUGGUGCUCCAGACUACCAGCCCACAGAGCAGGACAUUCUGAGAACCCGAGUGAAGACCACUGGGAUUGUAGAGACCCACUUCACCUUCAAGAACCUGCACUUCAGGCUGUUUGAUGUGGGAGGUCAAAGGUCAGAAAGGAAGAAGUGGAUCCACUGCUUUGAGGAUGUAACUGCCAUCAUCUUCUGUGUGGCUCUGAGUGGAUAUGACCAGGUGCUGCAUGAAGAUGAGACCACGAACCGCAUGCAUGAGUCCUUGAAGCUGUUCGACAGCAUCUGCAACAACAAAUGGUUCACAAGCACCUCCAUCAUUCUUUUCCUUAACAAGAAGGACAUAUUUGAGGAGAAAAUAAAGAAAUCGCCCUUAACUAUCUGCUUCCCUGAAUAUACAGGCCCAGGCACAUUCAUGGAGGCGGUGGCUUACAUCCAGUCGCAGUAUGAAAGCAAGAACAAGUCCUUCCACAAGGAGGUGUACGCUCACAUCACCUGCGCCACGGACACCAACAACAUCCAGUUUGUCUUCGACGCCGUCACUGAUGUCAUCAUCGCCAACAACCUGCGCUUCUGUGGCCUCUACUGACCCCGAUUAGCUGGAGAGCACAGCACCCACUGCACUGUUGUUGGAUAUUGUGUUGUUCCUGUGUUAUUCUUUUUGUCCACCUCUCCAGCAGUAGCUGACGGCAAUAGAGCUAAUGAGAGCUAAGCAGACAGCUUCUCCUGCAGUCAUAAUAAGAGGACAAGUUAAAUUUAAUCCAAAGAUCAGUGCCCAACUAUUGAUUAUGCCAUAAUGUGUUAGGUAUACAGCUGAAUUCUACAUUUGCCCCCUCAAUGGGCUGUUUUGAGCACAGCUUAAUUGAGCUGGCUUAGGGAUAGUUGUUGAACGAAUUUAAAUGCCAAGCUGUCCUCAUUCUGUAAGCACACUGUUUCUUGUCCCAAAAUCACAUCAGUCUUAAAUGAUUCCUUUUUUCUCUGAUCCAAAAGCCCAAAUGACCCCAUCAAAACAUAACAAUCAAAUCAUAGUGUCUGUAUUGGCGGAUAAAUCGCAUUCGUGCAGUACAAAGUAUGAAACACAUAAAGCCAUGUAGCAUUGCUUGCCUUAAAUGGCCGUUAUUGCUGUACCACUUGUAUAUGAUAGUCCUCCAAGCUGUCCGAUAUUUUGAGUGCCACAACAGAUAAGAUUUCAUGGGUAUUGUCAAGACUGGAAUGUUGAUGAAACCCUGUGGGUGACAUUUAAAUGGUAUUAAAGUUGUGCCCAACAGCUAAUGCCGUGAGCUAGUCCACUACUAAAAUAGUGCUGUCCCACUGUCAUGAACUCUGCGCUUCUCUGUGCUAUCAGAUUAUUAUGCGCAAUGGAAGUUUUCAGUCUAAAUACCUAGAACUUCGAGAUUAAUUAGUUAUCUCCAUUUUAACAGGAGUGAUAAAAUGAACACUUAAAACACUUUAUUAAAAAACUCUAAUUGCAAAACUUUAACGAAAUCUGGGGUCUUGUAGUAUUGGUGGUACGAUGGUGAUAUGUAUAAAUGUAUUACUUGGGUUCUGGAGUGAUUUUUUUUGUUGUUUUUUGACAGUAAAUUAUGGUGUGUAUAUAACUGUCUGAUUUUUUUUUUUCUGAAACAGUAAUUCCAUUUUGAUUUAAGCAGCAGAGAUAGUAGAUGCUACUUGAAACUGAAGAUUGGGUGGAAAUGGUUCCUAUUGCUGAUUCAAGACCAGUCGUUUUUCUCAAACUGAGAGUUGAUGUAGACUAGGCUAGAC